AUGGUGGCAAACGCUGGCACCUCUCCAGCCAGUGUAUGUUUCAUUCUCUCCUUCAGCGCGAAGGACACCCGCCACCUGAAGAAGCACUCCUGGCACGAGGAGGAGGAUGAAGAGAAUCUGGAUGCAUCCUGCCCGGAUGAUUCAUUCCCACUGCUUGACCUACAGCUUUUCGAGACUGGCAGACACCCAAUUCAACGCUACGUGGGUGGAGGGUCAGCUGUGGCCAAGAAUCGGAAGGAGAUGACGCCUACGACUCUUCGACUACGACAGAAGGAUGCCUUGACGGAGCCCGAGAACUCUGAGAAGCCAAUGGUGAAGAUUUUGGUGACGACAUGCGCAGAGGAAGAAUCGCCAGCCUAUAUGAUGUUGGAGGCCAUGCCAGCCAAUGGCAAAGUAGAAGUCGAGCCUGCAGUAUGCCCAACAAAGGAUGGCAAAAGAGUAUUUCUGUCUCCGACUGUGCACUAUGAGUAUGAGCUCAGCGGCAGCGAAUGGACAGUCAACAUCAAGUACCACCCGCAGUGCAAGCCAGGUUUUGUGCUGGGGGUGCAUGUGUUCAGCCUCGGCGAUCUUGAGGUGCAGUGGCAGCAGGCCGCAUCACCUCCCGAAAUAAUUCCAGGCAACGAUGCAGAGCGCAUCUUCAUUGAAGAGUUCCGUACAAAGCACACGGAGGAAGAUCUGCAGGCUGAGGAUGCUCUUUUUCCGCCAAUGCCAAAGCAACGGCACGAAGACAAGGAGUCGAUACCUCAUAUCAUAUCACGUCCAACACAGAUCAACUCAGCUCCCACUUGGUUUGAGCAUGGACUCCUCUCCUCGGCAGUGCGAGAGAGCCUGCUGAUUGAUACUUGGACCAUGGCGAACACCGAGAAGACGGAUGAGACCGUUUUCGUGGGUGUGAGGCUACGGCCAUUCCUCAGCUACGAAGCGCGUCAGCAGUGCUUUUCAGCUUCCAGGAAUGUCAUCUCCGUCCGUGCCCAGGACAAAAAGAAGAAGGACUUUGCGUUCGAUUGUGUGAUGGACAGCACGGAUUCGUCCAAGCCAAACUAUGUAUCCCAAGAGAAGUGCUACGACAUGAUUGGCCGCAGAAUGGUGCAGCAUUCUAUUGCGGGAUAUCACGCAUGUUUGUUUUGUUACGGGCAGACUGGCAGCGGGAAGACAUUUUCUUUCAUGGGCAAGAAGAACGAGGCCGAGCAGGGACUGCUGCCUCGGCUUCUACGUGACUUGCUCAGCCAGGUUGAGUCACUUGGUUUGGGCCAGGUGCACUGCCGCGCACAGAUUCUGGAGGUGUACAAUGAGAAGCUGCGCGAUCUGCUGAACGAAAAGGAGACAGCCAAACCUCCCGAAAUUCAUGUUCAUCCGCGGGUGGGUGUGUAUGUUGAUGGAGCGAUUGAUGCGCAGGUUGAUAACUUGGAGCAGCUUCAAUCACUUCUGGACAAUGGCUUGUCUAGGGCAAGUGUUGCAGCAACAGGCAGGAAUCCUAAGAGUUCGCGUGGGCAUGUCAUCUUCCGACUUCUCAUGGAAAAACACGAAGAAGACCACACAGUUGUGUCUUCGGAGCUUUUCUGUGUGGACCUGGCCGGCAGAGAGAAUGAGAAGACCACAAAGGUAACGGGCGACAACUUCAUCGAGCUUACAUUCAUCAAUCGCAGUUUGAUGUGGCUCGCCCAGUGCAUUCAGGGCCUCGGUCGGCAGCGGAAGCGAAGCACCUCAGAGGGGCUUGCAGGAUCUACCCGCUCCAGAUUCCGGAACUCUAAGCUGACUCUGCUGCUCAUCAACGCUUUGACCGGCAACUCCAAGACUAGCUUAUUAGCAACCGUGAGCCCAGCAUUGGUAAAUUUGGAUGAGAGUUUGGUCACCCUGAACUUUGCCAGCACAGUGAAAAGCAUCAAAGUGAUGGCCAAGCGCGUUGCCAAGAUGGACAAGGACUCCCUGAUCCAAAGCUUGAGUGAAGAGUUGCAAAGCUUAAAGGCACAACUCAGCAACGCCACCCCUCGAAAUGGUCAAGACUUGCAGUCCCAAGUGGGCAUCAUUCGCAACAUGAUGGAAAGCUACAAGGCUAGGUGGGAAGAAGCGCAGAAGAAUGCCGAACUUCUCCAGAGGCAGAAGGAUGAUGCAUUGCAAAAUCUUGCCAUUUCCCGGUGGAGAUAUGCUAAGGCCACUGUUAAGAACGAGCUUCGUGAGGAAUCAUCUCGUACAAGUGGCCAGCAUCCGUCAUUGCAGCAAGCCCAGGGAGGUUCUCAAAUCAUUGCGGCUAAUCACAGGCUUGGCUCAAAGGACUCCACGCAAGCGUGUGGUUCCAAGGCUGUGCAGGAAAGUUUGGCUCUUCCUUCUUCGAGCACGUUGCAGUGGUGGACACCUGAGGAUAGUUCUACGCAGCCCGCCCUGCGGCCGCCAACACCAAGCUUGAUUCUCUAUUCCAAAGACCCGGGCUUCAGCGGUCGUCUCAUCUUCCACGCCGCGCAAGAAGGUCGCCAGUACAUCCUGGGGUGUACACCUCACUGCGAUUUCCGGCUUCCAGGGACACCGGGUCUGAGCCCUGAGACGUGCAUCAUUUGGCAGGAGUCAGGUCGAUUUUACAUCACACAGAAAGGGAUCAGCCCACCUCCAACCGGAGCUGUUGAGGUGAACGGGGCCCGACUGGCCCCAGCAGAAGCCAAGGAGCUGUUGCACCAGGACCUUGUCGUGCUCGGCCAAACUUUCAGGUUCUUCGUCUUCACCAAGCCUGAUCCGGCUGUCCAAGCCUUGCUUUUUGGCAUGGGAGAAAACGGUUGUGCCAGCACAGCGAUCGAGGAUGUCAUUGGAGGCAACAUGGAUGUGAGUGCCCCCAUGGCACUCCCAUGGGAGGGGGUCAGACGUACACCUUCGCCAAUUGUUUCUGGCAACGGCUCCAGGGAUGACUUCCUGAAGCGCGCAGUGCUGGCACGUAGCCUGAUCGAAGAGGCAACAGCACUGUCCAGAGCCUUUACACCGCAAGUGAGUUUCAAUUACGAGCUCUUUACGCUGGCCCCAAGCCCAUCCCUCCACGAGAGGGAACCGAGUUUGAGCGCGCCAUGCGCGCCGAGUUUAUGCAUUCGUGUAUCAAAGGCCGGGAAUCCUCCGGUAGAAGUCGCGCUUUGGGGCCUCAGCACUUUUCAAGAACGGCUGAAGCUCAUGAGGGAGGCAUGGCAAGCUCGUUUUGGGACAGCUGGUGCAGUGUCCCCUGCACCAGAUACUUGGCGCAAGCUGCUUCCACCCCAGGGCGAGCUGUAUCAAGCACAGCCAGCUCCAGUUCUUGCAAAGCCUGCUGUGCAAGUCAGUCAACACGCAAACGGUGUUGUGGUAAUUCAGUCUCCGACUCGUUUGUUUUCGCCGCGUUCUGUGACUUUGAAGCCCCAAAGGGGCAGUCAUGCACAGUCCUUCACCCCGAGUGGUCUGGCACAGGCAGGUUCAAUUGCCAAGGUAUGCGACAGGCUGCAAUCACUCCAGACGGUGACUUCGCCAACAUCCCCUCGGAUUUCCCCUCGGAUUCAUCUAUACUCCGAGCCCGACAGGCUGCAAUCACUCCAGACGGUGACUUCGCCAACAUCCCCUCGGAUUUCCCCAAGGAUUCAUCUAUACUCCGAGCCCGUGGUAACAACUCUAACCUCCGUGAAGUCAGUCUUCGAAAUUUGA